GGUCAGUUUGUUAUAUCUGGAGUACUUCUCCUGUCCUAUUCGGUGUCCUGUGUGAAUCUAAGUGUGCGUUCUCUAAUUCUCUCCUUCUUUCUCUCUCUCGGAGGACCUGAGCCCUAGGACCAUGCCCCAGGACUACCUGACAUGAUGACUCCUUGCUGUCCCCAGUCCACCUGGCCAUGCUGCUGCUCCAGUUUCAACUGGCCUGGGCCCUAGGACCAUGUCCCAGGACUACCUGACAUGAUGACUCCUUGCUGUCCCCAGUCCACCUGGCCAUGCUGCUGCUCCAGUUUCAACUGUUCUGCCUUACUAUUAUUCAACCAUGCUGGUCAUUUAUGAACAUUUGAACAUCUUGGCCACGUUCUGUUAUAAUCUCCACCCGGCACAGCCAGAAGAGGACUGGCCACCCCACAUAUGCUCUCUCUAAUUCUCUCUUUCUUUCUCUCUCUCGGAGGACCUGAGCCCUAGGACCGUGCCCCAGGACUACCUGACAUGAUGACUCCUUGCUGUCCCCAGUCCACCUGACUGUGCUGCUGCUCCAGUUUCAACUGUUCUGCCUUAUUAUUAUUCGACCAUGCUGGUCAUUUAUGAACAUUUGAACAUCUUGGUCAUGUUCUGUUAUAAUCUCUACCCGAAACACACAGCCAGAAGAGGACUGGCCACCCCACAUAGCCUGGUUCCUCUCUAGGUUUCUUCCUAGGUUUUGGCCUUUCUAGGGAGUUUUUCCUAGCCACCGUGCUUUUACACCUGCAUUGUUUGCUGUUUGGGGUUUUAGGCUGGGUUUCUGUACAGCACUUUGAGAUAUCAGCUGAUGUACGAAGGGCUAUAUAAAUAAAUUUGAUUUGAUUUGAUUUGACUUGGGCGGGGCCUCUGGGUGAGCAGAGUGGUGUUCUGACAAACCGUUCUCUCAUUAAGAAGCUAAAAAUUUCAUCUUUUCACAAGUAGUUUCAUAUUUAAACAUUUAAGUUGCACAACAAUUCCAUGUGAAUCUGAUAACUAGAAUGUGUACAUUUUCCAAGAUACCGUUUAUGUCGUCCUAUCAUCAGUAAUCAUGUCUCAGACGCCAACUGAACUGACAUCAUAUUCAUUAAGUCCCAACUCAUAUAUUAAACUGGUUGGAUUACCGAAAUAUGGUUCCGAUUCCCAUCUUUUGAUGUCACCAGACUCUCUCUCAAUGUUAACAAAGGAAUGUUCAAUAGUCACAUCGGUAGAGUAGAGAGAGGAAAAAGGGGAAAGGUAUUUAUGGGGGUCAUAAACCUCCCCCCCAGGCCAACGUCAUGACACAGUCUAUAGGCUACAUGUGCACCAACAAGUGCAGAUGUUCCGUCUGCUGUCCGUGACCGUUUAUUAGGGUGAGGAACAUGGGCUACUAACAGCUUACUAAACAACAUACACUUAGUUUUACUUUCUUAGCUACAGUAUACAGUUGUGCAAAAAAGUAUUUAGUCAGCCACGAAUUGUGCAAGUUCUCUCACUUAAAAAGAUGAGGCCUGUAAUUUUCAUCAUAGGUACACUUCAACUAUGACAGACAAAAUGAGAAAAAAAAUCCAGAAAAUCACAUUGUAGGAUUUUUAAUUUAUUUAUUUGCAAAUUAUGGUGGAAAAUAAGUAUUUGGUCACCUACAAGAAAGAUUUCUGGCUCUCACAGACCUGUAACUUCUUCUUUAAGAGGCUCCUCUGUCCUCCAGUGUACCUAUGAUGAAAAUUACAGGCCUCUUGUCAUGCCCUGGGGCCUGUUGCACAAAAGUAGAAUUAAGACAUCCGGGAUAAAUGACUCAGCUGAGCUCAAUGAAGCCAAAACAUGUGCGUCCAGGCUUAAUUGGUUGCACAAAGACCAAGCCAGGAUGAGCAGACACGGAUUCAUUAAGCCAGGUGAAACCAAUCCUGGAUAGGUGCGCGCUCACGGCUCACUCAAAUAGACCCCGCCACAGAUCACAGAUUAACUGAUUUACCAUGGCAACUAGAGCCGCGUACUUUUCUCCGUCGGAAGCACAAAUCCUCAUGGAGGCAUACGAGGAGGUAAAAGAUAUAAUUAAGAAGAAAGGCAACACCGCCACAGUGAUAAAGCAAAGAGAAAAAGCGUGGCAAAGUAUUGCAGACCGCCUGAAUGCGUAAGUAGUGCACAAUUACACACUCACCGCUCCGCUGAAACAUCACAAUUACAAUUCAAAUAUUUAAUUCACAUCUCCAAAAAUGCAGUUGUACUGUAAUUAUGAAACGGUUAAAUUUUUAAUUGAAAUGCACUGCAGAUAUGAGUGAAAUUGUGUAAAGUAACUCCAUCACACUGUAUAAAGCUAUGAUACAUUUUUUGAUAUUUUUACUGAAAACAAGACAAAAAUACCAAGUAAUUUUUUGCAGUGUGACUCCAUUAAAUGUGUGUGUGUGUGUGUAGAUUAAACAUGAACGGGCCAAAACGGACAUGGCAGCAGGUCAAAAUCAAAUACAAGAACUUUCUGCAGAAUGCAGUGAAAAAGAAUACCCACAGACAAGGCACGGGUGGUGGGUCACCAAAGGCUGACCUUACCCCAGCAGAGGACAUGGCCUUGGAGCUAAAUAAAGGCAGGCCCGUCUUAGAGGGGAUCCCUGGGGGGAAAGAGACGAGCAUAGGUUCCUCCCAAGAUGCCACCCGCUUCAUUCAAGUGCCUGGCAGCACUGUGUUCCUGUUAGAGCCACCAGCACAAGCACCAGACGAUGCUGAUCCAGGUGAAGGCCCCAGUGCAGCAGCAACAGCACAUGAUGGAGACGAUGAUGAGGAGGAGACCAUCUCUCUGGAUUCCAGAAGGCAUGAGGACCCAGAUGCUAUACAGUGGGAAAACCAGCCUGGCAACAUAAGCUCACAAGCUAUCAGAAAGUUGUAUGGCAACCACCUCCGGCGCCAAAUAGAACUGGCAGACAUAGACAUUCAGUACAAGAAGAAAAAGAUGGAAAAUCUUGCACUGGAGUCCGAAAUAAAAAAGAGGACAAUUAGGAAACUGGACCUUGAAAUAAAAAAACUUGAGAGGGAGCUCCAAGAAGAUGACACAGCUCAAAAUAAAAAUUAGGUAUAUUCUCGUAAAGUCAAGUGAGCCAUGACAUAUGAGCUCUUAUUGUGAGCACACAGGACGGUGACAUCUUUCUAAGGUUUUUUUUAUUUUCCCAGCAAUCAGUACAACCAAGUCAUCGUUAUAAGGCAUCGCCCUCUUUUGCCCACCCCCCCAGCACCAGGUGUGGCCACUAGCCUAUAUGAAGGCCCACAAUUGUGUGUUCCUUUCUGCUCUGACAAUGGCAUGCCCAUUCGUGCGAGAUGUGGUGGAUGAAGAAGCACUUGUGCUGAGAGCCUUCAGGCGAGAAAGGGUCUUCAGGGACCGGUUGGACCCACUGGCCUUCCCUGAUGACCAUCUAUAUGAAAGAUACAGGCUUUCUGCAGAUGGCAUCAGGUAUCUAUGCAGACUGCUGGGUCCCAGGAUUAAGCACCGCACUGCACGGAGCCAUGCACUGAGUGUGGAGCAAAUGGUUUGUGUGGCCUUGCGCUUUUUUGCUAGUGGAGCCUUUCUGUACUCAGUGGGGGAUGCAGAACAGCUGAACAAGGCCACAAUUUGCCGCACAAUAAGGAGUGUGUGUCUGGCUAUCAAAGCAUUAGCAGAUGUCUUCAUCUCCUUCCCUGGCCACAGAAGACUCUGUGACAUCAAAGAGGAGUUCUAUAGGAUUGCAGGUUUCCCCAAUGUCAUUGGUGCAGUGGACUGCACACACAUAAGGAUAAAAGCCCCUCAGGUGCCCAUGAGGCCGAUUUUUGUGAAUAGGAAAUCCUUUCACAGCAUUAAUGUUCAGAUGGUCUGCAAUGCUGACUGUGUGAUCAGCAAUGUUGUGGCAAAAUGGCCUGGCUCAGUCCAUGACUCCAGAAUCUUUCGGGCCUCUGAAAUCUAUCAGUGCCUAUCACAAGGUGAAUUCUCUGGUGUGUUGCUGGGAGACAGGGGGUAUGGCUGCCAGCCUUUUCUCCUGACACCUUUCACAGACCCCCAGGAAGCACAGCAGGCCUACAACCAUGCCCAUGCCAGGACCAGGGCCAGAGUUGAAAUGACCUUUGGCCUCCUGAAGGCACGCUUUCACUGCCUUCACAAAUUAAGGGUCAGCCCUGUUAGGGCAUGUGAUAUUACUGUGGCUUGUGCUGUCCUCCACAAUGUGGCCUGCCUGAGGAAGGAGAGGGCCCCCAGAGUGCCACCAGCCAUGGACUGGGACAAUCCGGCAAUCUUCCCUGAUGACGACAGUGGUCGGCUGCUGAGGGACCAAUAUGUGUUGAAUUAUUUUAGUUAGUAUGUGUGCUUUCAAUUUUGGUUAAAUAUGUCCUGCGGUGGCAGAGGAAUUUGGUUUUUUUGGGUUCGUUUUUGACGAAUUUGGCCUCUUAUGAUGUUUGUGCGGUAUACUGUGUGUAAUACAAGGCUGCAGGGAGGCUACUGCAUCCAUUCAUUUGUCUGUUCAGUUGAUGUGUAUGGAUUUGUCCUGCAUUUAUUUUAGUGUGCAGACAUGCAGGGUGUGUUAUAUACAGACCUUUGAAUGUGUAUGUAUCAUUUUGUAUAAUAUGCUUGGAUUCUGUGCUUUCCAUCUUGUAGAGUCACUGUGACUUCAGUUUCGAAAGGAGCUGAUGGUUUACCUGCUUUGUUUUGUCCUUAUUCAAUAAAGGAACAUAAUGUUACACAUUGUGUUUUUAUAUUCAUAUGGAAUGUGUAUUUGUUUAUGACAGAGUACUAGGGCCACACUGAAGAAAAAGGAUAAAGUCAUAAAUUUAUGAGGCUGGUUCUUUCUGCAGAAAAGCUACAUAUUGUUUUUACAGUUUUGAUACUUAUGACAAUGUGAUACUUAAUAUUCUGGCACAUCAGCAUGUCUUUGUUUAUGAAACCAUACUGAAGUACAAUUUCACGAAAUGCCCCACAUCUGUCAAUUUAACAACUGUCCUUUAAAACAACUGGUUACAAUAUUAUGACUUGUGUUUUUUUCCCCUCUGUGGCCCUAAUAUUCUAUCAUUUUAUAUAUAG